AGGAGGCUGGACCUCAGGAACACGGGGAAAACACUCCGUAAACAGGAUGAACAACACUUUUCUGAACAUGGCGACGAUAGGAGACUUCGACCCGCUCAACGCGUCCAUUCCUGCCACUAAAGUUGAAAUCACGGUGUCCUGCAGAAACCUGCUGGACAGAGACACCUUCUCCAAAUCAGACCCAAUUUGUGUUCUCUACACGCAAGGCAUGGGCAACAAGGAGUGGAGAGAGUUUGGAAGAACAGAAGUGAUCGACAACACGCUAAACCCGGACUUUGUGCGGAAAUUCAUUUUGGACUACUUCUUUGAGGAGCGGCAGAACCUUCGGUUUGAUUUGUAUGAUGUUGAUUCAAAGAGUGCCAACCUGUCCAAACAUGAUUUUCUAGGCCAGGCCUACUGUACUCUGGGAGAGGUGGUCGGAUCCCUGGGCAGUCGCUCUGAAAAACCACUAGGAGGCAUUCCAGGGAAGAAAUGUGGGACCAUUAUUGUGAAAGCUGAGGAGCUGAACAACUGCAGGGAAUCGGUGAUGAUGCAGUUCUGUGGAAAUAAAUUGGACAAGAAAGAUUUCUUUGGAAAGUCUGACCCUUUCAUGGUCUUCUACAGAAGCAAUGAGGAUGGCACGUUUACCAUUUGCCACAAGACAGAGGUGAUUAAAAACACUCUGAACCCAGUUUGGCAGGCGUUUAAGAUUCCUGUUCGAGCUCUGUGCAAUGGAGAUUAUGACAGAACAAUCAAGGUUGAAGUCUAUGACUGGGACAGAGAUGGCAGUCAUGAUUUUAUCGGAGAGUUCAGCACCAGCUACAGAGAGCUGUCCAGAGGGCAGAGCCAGUUUAACGUGUAUGAGGUGGUAAAUCCAAAGAAGAAAGGGAAGAAGAAAAAAUAUCUCAACUCUGGAACGGUCACUCUGCUGUCAUUCCUGGUGGACAUUGAAGUCACCUUCCUGGACUACAUCAAAGGAGGGACUCAGAUUAACUUCACCGUGGCCAUCGAUUUCACAGCUUCCAACGGUAACCCUGCCCAGCCCACCUCCCUCCACUACAUGAGCCCCUACCAGCUGAAUGCCUAUGCUAUGGCCCUGAAGGCAGUGGGAGAGAUCAUCCAGGACUAUGACAGUGAUAAGAUGUUUCCUGCACUGGGGUUUGGAGCCAAGCUGCCUCCUGAUGGGAGGAUCUCUCAUGAGUUCGCCUUGAACGGGAACCCUCAGAACCCUUACUGUGCAGGUAUUGAAGGUGUGAUGGAAGCUUAUUACCAGAGUCUGAAGUCAGUCCAGCUCUAUGGACCCACAAACUUCUCCCCGGUCAUCAACCACGUGGCCAGGUAUGCAGCGUCAGUGAAGGAUGGCUCCCAGUAUUUCGUGCUUCUUAUCAUCACUGAUGGAGUCAUCUCAGACAUGGCCCAGGCCAAGGAGUCGAUCGUCAACGCCUCCUGUCUGCCCAUGUCCAUCAUCAUCGUAGGGGUGGGGCCUGCAGAGUUUGAUGCUAUGGUGGAGCUGGAUGGUGAUGAGGUCAGAAUCUCCUCCAGAGGAAGAUAUGCAGAGAGGGAUAUUGUUCAGUUUGUCCCAUUCAGGGACUACAUCGACCGGACAGGGAACCACAUCCUAAGCAUGGCACGGCUCGCCAAAGACGUCCUGGCAGAGAUUCCCGACCAGUUCCUUUCCUACAUGAAGACGCGCGGGAUCAAGCCAGCACCAGCGCCGCCUCCCUACACGCCACCGGGACAACCCCUCCAAACCCAGAUAUGAGGAGCCGCAGCUUUAAGGGGUUAAAUGAACUCGAACUGCAAAAUACUUCCAUCUCCUAAGAGCUGCUCUACAUGCCUUGUGAUGGUGGAGAAGGGUGGUGUUUGUGUGUGGAGAGGGCUGAAUGUCAGACCAUGAGAGCAUCAGACAGGACAGAAAAAGCCAAUGAGAGUCUGUUUACUUCCACUGUCCAGCAUUCCUGUCUCUGUCUGGAUUUUUCCUUUCUAGCCUUGGAAACAUAUUCAGGCUAUGAAGAAUGGUGAAGGUCUGAUUUUGAGUACGGAGGAAAGAAAUGGCUGCUGGGAAAAACUGUAAGAGAAUGUCUGCAGAUGGAAAAAGGAAUAUCUUGACCUUAAAUAAUGGCUUAAUUUUUUCUGUAUAUAAGUGAAACCUUUUAAUCUCUCUCAAACUCACCAAUGUUUACAGUAAUGAUAAGAAGGAUUUUUGCUGUUUCUACUUUUAUAUCCACAUAAUCAAAGGCUUGUCCUGACAGUAGCAGUGCAGGUCCUGGUAGCCCUUCUGUACUGUACUGUGCCGUACCGUACCGUACUGUACCGUACUAUAUUCCAGUGUUUGUAAUUACCUUUUGCAUGAGUGUAGCCUCAGUCAUGUGCAUGCAAAUAGCGGCCCUGCACUACCUCUUCUACUCAUCAGUGUGUGUGUGUGUGUGUGAGUGUCACUUCCUGUCUGAAGUUCCCUCAGGUCUGAGGAGUCCGUCUCUGUCUCCCUGCCAUGGCUUUCCUGCCUCUCUCUCUCUCUUUGCCUUCUUUAACGCCGUUGUUGCUUUAACUCUUUGUGUUCUCCAUCAACAGUCGGAGGAAAGACUCUUAUAUAGAAUGUGGAGCGGAUGAUUUUUCCUGAGUUCAAAUUUCCUCUAUAAAAAGUUUGAAAUAAGUAUUUAUCAUUAUCAUCUUCACUCCAAGAGCAGUGAAAUAUCCAAACACUUGUCUAGAGCUCUGAUCUUAUCCGCCUCAGCUAUUAUUUCAGUCUGCUGAUAAUCAUGCAUUUGCUUAGCAUUAGCAUGUUGGAAUACUAGCCAUAGCGUGUGGCUAAUGCAGUAGCAUUGCUGUCCCGACAGCUUCCUGGUGCUCUUAGUUCGGCUUUGUUGUGAUCCAAAGAAACUAUGAUGUGUAGCCUUCAACAUUUAAUUUCUGAUAUCCAUUAUUUCAUGUAUGAACGGGUGUUUAUUUUAUUGUGAAAGGCAGCAUAGCUUGUUUCCUGUUCUCUUCCUCACUUUUCCUUCAACCUGCCAUGGCAAAGUUAAACCUCGUCUCAUUCUGCUCUCAGCCCUGUAUAAAAAUGUUAGCAGCUGUUCAAACUAAAAACGGUUUGAGCCGAAGAGCCCAGUGGUCAAAAAUGCAGAAAAAAAAAACAUUUUUGCUACGUUGUUUUGUUGUUUCCAUUUCCUUUACUUUUGUAGAGUUUUGUUGCACCUUUAGCUUUGAUAAAGCCUGUUUUUUUUAUUUUUAAUGGAUAUUUUUAUGUGCCAGUCAUUAUUUGUGUGUUUGCCGUCUUAAUGAGAUCAGUUUUAACACUGAAUGAGUGAUUUUUGAAAUAUAUAGAAUGAGCGCUGUUAUUUAGAUUGGAAGUGAUGAGUGGAAGUAUUGAUUUUAAAUGAUCAUAGUUCAAAGUCUGGAUGCAGAAACAUUUAAAGGUUACAUAUUUUUCCCCUUUAAGACACGUUUAUACUGGUCUCAGAAGUCCCAAAAACACACCUGUGAAGUCUGCUGCUGAAAAAACACUCCAGUAUUGGAUUUCUGCAUGUCUAAAAACCCCUCUGUUUCAGCCCUGCUCAGAACCAGCUGUUUCUGUGUCUGUGGCUUUAAAUGUUGAUGAGAUGUCUGAC